AUGUUUCUAUUUGACUUGUUAGAACGGCAUCGCUCUGUCUGCUUCAUCCCGUUAAACAAAGUUAGCGGCUCGUUUCUGACUGGUAUCUUCAACCUCUUCUUGUCGAACUUCGCAGAUGUGGCCGUGCUGCUAAGCGUCCAGUUGCGAGAAGGCUUAAGCAGGUUCUGGCCACCAAGUUUUUGCAGUUCACCAGCCUGCGCUACCCUUCGUAACAUCGGCGACGACCAAGCCGGUAUAACGUUCGAUAACCGCAAUAGCAUGAAGCGCAGGUGGCUAAGUUUUACGGGAGGCCUCGUCGCGCGAUCCUCAAGUCUUCAUCUUUUCUCACUCGGGCGUCAGGCCGGCACCGGCGAAGUUAACUAG